GCUCGGCCCUCUGGCUGCGGCGGCGGCCGCGUCCCUGCCGGGUUGGCCUGGGUGGCCGGCUGCGGCCUCCCGGGCCCGGCACCCCCAUUUCCUCGCCCGCAGAGACCGGGAGACGGCGGGCCGCGUCCACAAAGGCUCAUUGGUUCAGUCGCUCAUUCAUUCCUCCCGAACUCGGAGCGCCCCCCGCUCGGGAGGAGAUAACGGCGCCCAGCGCUGCAUCGGGCCCUUCCCCUCUUUAGAACCGGUUCAGCCCCCACACCAGCCCUUUUACUGGCUGCCCAUUCCAUAGGGCAGAAUAACAUGGCAGCCAGACGAAUUACACAGGAGACUUUUGAUGCUGUAUUACAAGAAAAAGCCAAACGAUAUCACAUGGAUGCCAGUGGUGAGGCUGUAAGCGAAACUCUUCAGUUUAAAGCUCAAGAUCUCUUAAGGGCAGUCCCAAGAUCCAGAGCAGAGAUGUAUGAUGACGUCCACAGCGAUGGCAGAUACUCCCUCAGUGGAUCUGUAGCUCACUCUCGAGAUGCCGGAAGAGAAGGCCUGAGAAGUGACGUAUUUCCAGGGCCUUCCUUCAGAUCAAGCAACCCUCCCAUCAGUGAUGACAGCUACUUUCGCAAAGAAUGUGGCCGGGAUCUGGAAUUUUCUCACUCUGAUUCUCGGGACCAGGUCAUUGGCCACCGGAAAUUGGGGCAUUUCCGUUCUCAGGACUGGAAAUUUGCGCUCCGUGGUUCUUGGGAACAAGACUUUGGCCAUCCAGUUUCUCAAGAGUCCUCUUGGUCACAGGAGUAUAGUUUUGGUCCCUCUGCAGUUUUGGGGGACUUUGGAUCUUCCAGGCUGAUUGAAAAAGAGUGUUUGGAGAAGGAGAGUCGGGAUUAUGAUGUGGACCAUCCCGGGGAGGCUGACUCUGUGCUUAGGGGCAGCAGUCAAGUCCAGGCCAGAGGUCGAGCUCUAAACAUCGUUGACCAGGAAGCUUCCCUCCUAGGAAAGGGGGAGACUCAGGGCCUGCUCACAGCUAAGGGGGGUGUUGGGAAACUUGUCACAUUGAGAAAUGUGAGCACAAAAAAAAUACCCACCAUGAAUCGUAUUACUCCCAAAACUCAGGGCACUAACCAAAUCCAGAAAAACACUCCAAGUCCUGAUGUGACCCUGGGGACAAACCCAGGGACAGAAGAUAUCCAGUUCCCCAUUCAGAAGAUCCCUCUGGGGCUGGAUCUGAAGAAUCUUCGGCUCCCCAGAAGAAAGAUGAGCUUUGACAUCAUAGAUAAGUCUGAUGUUUUUUCAAGAUUUGGGAUAGAAAUAAUCAAAUGGGCAGGAUUCCACACCAUAAAAGAUGAUAUUAAAUUUUCCCAACUUUUCCAGACUCUCUUUGAACUUGAAACAGAAACCUGUGCUAAAAUGCUUGCCUCAUUCAAAUGUUCCUUAAAACCAGAGCACAGAGAUUUUUGCUUUUUUACUAUCAAAUUUUUAAAGCACUCUGCUUUGAAGACACCCAGAGUUGAUAAUGAGUUUUUAAACAUGCUUUUAGACAAAGGUGCUGUGAAGACCAAAAAUUGCUUUUUUGAAAUCAUAAAGCCUUUUGACAAGUACAUAAUGAGACUUCAAGACCGGCUUCUGAAGAGUGUCACACCUUUGCUUAUGGCCUGCAAUGCCUACGAGCUGAGUGUCAAGAUGAAGACCCUCAGUAACCCCCUGGACUUGGCUCUUGCCCUAGAAACCACCAAUUCUCUCUGCCGGAAGUCUUUGGCCCUUUUGGGACAGACAUUCUCCUUGGCCUCUUCUUUCCGGCAAGAGAAAAUCUUAGAAGCUGUCGGCCUGCAAGAUAUAGCUCCGUCACCUGCUGCAUUUCCAAACUUCGAAGACUCCACUUUGUUUGGGCGAGAGUACAUAGACCACCUGAAGGCCUGGCUAGUCAGCAGCGGAUGUCCCCUCCAGGUUAAGAAAGCCGAACCAGAGCCGACGCGAGAGGAGGAGAAAAUGAUUCCUCCUACGAAACCCGAAAUUCAGGCCAAGGCUCCAGGUAGUCUGAGUGAUGCUGUCCCCCAGCGAGCAGAUCACAGGGUAGUGGGCACCAUUGACCAGCUUGUGAAACGUGUCAUCGAAGGCAGCCUGUCUCCCAAAGAGAGAACUCUUCUCAAAGAGGACCCUGCUUACUGGUUUUUGUCUGAUGAAAAUAGUCUGGAGUAUAAAUAUUACAAGCUGAAGUUGGCAGAAAUGCAGCGGAUGAGCCAGAACUUGCGAGGAGCCGACCAGAAGCCGACCUCGGCAGAGUGUGCGGUGCGGGCCAUGCUGUAUGCCCGGGCUGUCCGCAACCUCAAGAAGAAACUCCUUCCGUGGCAGCGGCGGGGGCUCCUCCGUGCUCAGGGGCUCCGAGGCUGGAAGGCGAGGAGAGUGACCACCGGGACCCAGACCCUUCUAUCCUCAGGCACCAGGCUGAAACACCAUGGCCGGCAGGCUCCAGGCCUCUCACAGGCAAAACCAUCCCUGCCAGACAGAAAUGAUGCUGCCAAGGACUGCCCGCCAGACCCAGCCGGACCUUCUCCUCAGGACCCCAGCUUAGAAGCCUCAGGCCCAUCCCCCAAGCCAGCAGGAGUGGAUGUCUCUGAAGCACCUCAGACCUCUUCUCCCUGCCCAUCUGCUGACAUUGACAUGAAGACAAUGGAGACUGCAGAGAAACUGGCUAGAUUUGUUGCUCAGGUGGGACCAGAGAUCGAACAAUUCAGCAUAGAAAACAGCACCGAUAACCCUGACCUGUGGUUUCUACAUGACCAAAAUAGUUCUGCUUUCAAAUUCUAUCGAAAAAAAGUGUUUGAACUAUGUCCAUCAAUUUGUUUCACGUCAUCUCCGCACAACCUUCACACUGGUGGUGGUGACACCGCGGGUUCUCAGGAGAGCCCCGUGGACCUCAUGGAAGGGGAAGGAGAGUUUGAAGACGAGCCCCCUCCACGGGAGGCUGAGCUGGAGAGCCCAGAGGUGAUGCCUGAGGAGGAGGACGAGGACGAUGAGGAUGGGGGAGAGGAGGCCCCUGCUCCUGGAGGGGCGGGCAAGUCUGAGGGCAGCACCCCUGCCGACGGCCUUCCCGGCGAGGCUGCCGAGGACGACCUAGCUGGAGCACCUGCCCUGUCACAGGCCUCCUCAGGUACCUGCUUCCCCCGGAAGAGGAUCAGCAGCAAGUCAUUGAAGGUUGGCAUGAUUCCAGCUCCCAAGAGAGUGUGUCUCAUCCAGGAGCCAAAAGUCCAUGAACCAGUUCGAAUUGCCUAUGACAGGCCUCGGGGUCGUCCCAUGUCCAAAAAGAAGAAACCCAAGGACUUGGACUUCGCCCAGCAGAAGCUGACCGAUAAGAACCUGGGCUUCCAGAUGCUGCAGAAGAUGGGCUGGAAGGAGGGCCAUGGCCUGGGCUCCCUCGGAAAGGGCAUCCGGGAGCCGGUCAGCGUGGGAACCCCCUCAGAAGGGGAAGGGUUGGGUGCUGACGGGCAGGAGCACAAAGAAGACACAUUCGACGUGUUCCGACAGAGGAUGAUGCAGAUGUACAGACACAAGCGGGCCAACAAAUAGGUAUGUUCACAGGCCAGUGCGUAAGGCCAUCUGCCCUCGCCGGCGUGCUGUUAUGCAGAGAGAUUUCCCCCAACAAAGUUGAUGUUCCCUGCUCCCCCAAAAAUGCUACACACAAAAAAAUCACAAAAUUCUGUGAGGGAAACAAAAGGGUCUCUGGAUGUGGAUAUGCCCCAUUCUUACUUUCCAGGUUUGCUGAAGGAGCAAACCUCAUGCUGGCCAAGGGCAGCUGUGCAUGGCCUGCCUGGCGCCCCGGCUGUGAGCCCGUCAAGGCCUCCGGGCUGGCCUCUGUGGAUGUGUGUGUGGAAAUAGGCCACACCUGUCUCUUCUCUUGCUCAAGUUUUCUCUCACAGAUGACAGCCACCUACCACAUAACAUGACCAGCAAACAGACUGUUCCUAGUCCAGAGGGCAUUGCCGUCAUGCAAGUGGAAGGGCGACUAUGACAGCCACCGCCACAGAGGAUGGCAGUUGGCUGUGUCCCUUUGUGAGGGUCUUCAAAUCCUUUUCCUUCUGCAGGGCCUUGGGCCUGUAAAUAUCCUCAUCUUUCUACUCUUUUUUUUUUUUUUUUUUUUCUUUUUAGUUGCCCCUCUCACCUAAUUUCCACCUCAGUUUUGAACAAAAUCGUUCUCUUCCUGAAUAGAUCAAAACCACUGAUGUGAAAGAUAAGCCUUGAAGCAGCAAUUGCCCUUAAAACAUCAUCCCUGCCCUGGAUCGGCCUGGAGCCAGUGCCCAAGUACGGUUUGGUGUGUACAUGAAAACAAACGUCUCUGCAGUCUCUGGGGCGGAGGUUUCGCUGGCUUUUCUUUCUCUCAAAGAAAAAAACAUGCACCAUUUUCAAUGUGCUUUUGCCUCUCCUCUCUGUUCACAUGCUUUUAGCAGCAAGUCCCCUCCAAAUCUGUCUUGGUUCCCCUUCAGAAGGUGGCGCUGCCCCCAAAAGGCACCUCAGCCUGUGAGUGCUGAGGAACCAGCUCCUCUGGCUGGUUUUCCAGUUGGACUGGCCAUUGCUCUCCAGAAGUGCUCUGUUAGCAAACGUGAUGUGGAAACGAUCACAGAUGGUGUUUUCUCGUUGUUCGCCAGAAUUUAUACGGGGGAGACAAAUCGGUAAUUACCAAGUCUGCGCUCGGGUACCAAAGCUCUGAAGCUCUCUGAACAGUUGCCAUACUUGAGUUGAUGAAUGUGUUAUUCAUGGUGUCUAAUCUCUUCAAUGCAUCUUGAGAGACUUAAUGAAAUUUUAGCAACAGUAUAGAAUAGCUCUAUCGGGUGGGGAGUGAUCAUAAAACAGAUGAAAUCGGCCCCAGGUUUACAUGUCUCUUUAGAAUCCACAGUGUAAGCAAACUACAGUUACAAAGGGACGGGGGUUGUAAACCCUCUGAGACUCUGCACUUUUCGCACGUAUGGCAUCGUCAAGUGCUGUCUUAUUACAGCCUUUGUAAGGAGAGGCAGGCUCCUCCUGGGGUGGGCUCUGCAGCUGCUCUAUUUCCAGGCAUGUGAUCGCCGCUGCUCUCCAGAUUCCCCAGCACUCCGCUGCGUGUAACUCCACUCAAUUCUCCACUCAUCCUUCCUUGUGAAGCAGGAGCGUUGAAGUUUAAAGUAUGGGCAAAAAUCUGGAAAACUUAGGAUCCCCCUGACACCCCAGGAUUAGGGGACACAGCAGUGGCUAGGGCAUCAGCCACAGAACUGAGUGGGAAAUGCCACUUGUAUUGGCUGUAAAGAAAUCCUGGCUUUGGGCCAGACGCAAUGGCUCAAGCCUGUAAUCCCAGCACUUUAGGAGGCUGAGGUGGGUGGAUCACCUGAGGUCAGGAGUUUGAGGCCAGCCUGGCCAACAUGGUGUAACCCCGUCUCUACUAAAAAUACAAAAAAAUUAGCUAGGUGUGGUAGCAGGCACCUGUAAUCCCAGCUACUCAGGAGGCUGAGGCAGGAGAAUCACUUGAACCAGGGAGGCAGAGGUUGCAGUGAGCUGAGAUCAUGCCACUGCACUCCAGCCUGGGUGACAGAGCAAGACUCCAUCUCCAAAAAAAAGGCCAGGCGUGGUGGCUCAUGCCUGUAAUUCCAGCACUUUGGGAGGCCGAGGCAGGUGGAUUACGAGGUCAAGAGAUCGAGACCAUCCUGGCCAACAUGGUGAAACCCUGUUUCUACUAAAAAUGCAAAAAAAUAGCUGGGCGUGGUGGCGGGCACCUGUAGUCCCAGCUACUCAGGAGGCUGAGGCAGGAGAAUCACUUGAACCCAGGAGGUGGAGGUUGCAGUGAGCUGAGAUUGUGCCACUGCACUCCAGCCUGGCAACAGAGCGAGACUCUGUCUCAAAAAAAAAAAAAAAAAAAAAAAAAAUCCUGGCUUUCUUUAAGCCACAGACUUCCUAGACUGUGGUCCCAGCUCCUUAUCUGCCUGGUCCCUGUCACCUUGCAGUGCCACCACCCCCAGGGGCUCUGCUUGCUUCCAGUGGCUUCUGUAGCUUUGGCAACUGGCCAAUCUUUAUGGCAGUAGAGGUGCCAGCAUGGAGGAUGGGGCUUGGGUUUAUAACCCAACCCUCGAACGAACCAGCCUGUGGGGGCCUGGAGUGGAGCUGGUUUGGGGGAACUACAGGUGUGGGGGGUUCAUCUUCUCCUUUCUCCUUCUCCUUUCCUGACCCCUCCGACAGCUUCCAUGUUGGCCGUGGGUCAGGUGAAUGGAUGGAGCUCCGAGUGGGGCUCAGCCCAUUGGCCCGAGCGAGGCGCACACACCUGCAGCGUGGAUCAAGCACGUUCUCUCCAGCAUCGCCCUGACCAUUCCAUGUGCUUUGUCCUAGCAUGUUCAUUCUUGACUUUCUCCACUUCAUUUUACUAAAAAGUUAAAUGCUUUAGGAAUUUGUGGCGUGUGGCCACUGACCGCCCCCCACCUCCUGGCGCUCCUCCAAGUUUAAGCUGAGAUGGUCUGUGAGUCCUUGGCAGGGGUCAAAGGGCACACCUCCUUGAACCUAGAAAGCCCCCUACACUCAGAGGACGCCUCUCCUGUGGAUUCAGCGCUGGGGCAGUGAAGGUGUCGGGAGCCAGCAGAGCAUGGUGCGUGCUGCCAGCUGCCGGCCAGCCGGGAUAGAGAUGCCACUGGCCCUCCGUGCCCCCAGCCCCUCCCUCUUAACCGAGGCUGCCCUUGCUCUCUGCAGAGGCCGCUCUGCAGGAUCCUCGUGUCGCGCGUGAUGUGUGGUGGCACAGCCGUGUCAAAGUCACAGUGUCUUUUCUGUCGUUCUAGUUCCAGGGUCACCCCCAAGAGGACAACAGGCAUCUGGAAGUGCUCUCUCGCCACUCUGGGUGCUUACUGUCUCUGGCUUGUUUCCAUCACUGGAAAUCACUUAGAGAAUUGUAGUGUUUUUGGUCCUUGAUAAAGCCUAGAAGACAUUUGUGAUGUUACAAAAUGGAAGUUUUCUUUUGUUUCUGUUUUUUAAGAUCUAAGAAGUUGUGAAUGUUGUUAAUCAUUUAGCCGUUGCAAUAAAUGUAGAGGAAAUGCA